AUGGCCACGCCCCUCGACCCUGUUUCCAAUCAGUGCCCGGCUGCGGCUGGCCGCGCCCCUUCCCCUGUUUCCUUUUCUUCUCGCGGUGGCCAGGCCCCGCCCCUAUCCGGCCCACUCUGGCCACGCCCCCGCAAGCCCAACCCGGCUGCGGCGCGAGCUCCUGCAGGGUCGUGUCCACUGCAGUUCCUGCCGACGCCCAGGCGCGGCACCGCGGACGCUGGGCCAGGUAAGCCGAGUGGGAGCGGAGGGUGCCGCCAGCGCGCGGCCCGGACCGAGAUCCGGGGGGACCGCUGGGGCCCGAAACACCCCCGGGAGCGGUGCAGCGGCGAGACUGUGGUGGAACGCCUCGGGACUCCGCCCGUGUCGUCCCCCAGCUCAUUUGCAUGGGCCUCUUCCGGGUUCUGUCUCCUGUGGGCGGGGUGGGCUCCGCGGGCCAAUCGCAAACGUCCGCGCACGGGCCAAUCACGAUCGUCCGUGCGCACUGCGGGCCAAUCACGAGCGCCCGUGCGCAGGAGGGGCGGGCGCGCCCCCGCAGGCUCCGCCUCUUCGUGUCCGCAGGCCGCUCGCCGCCCUCACCCGCCACGCGCGGGCCUCGACGCUGCCCGCACCGCCCGCCCGCCGGCCCGGGGCUGCCCGCCCCGCCCCGCCGCCCCGGGCCCGAUGUCACCCCGGGAGCGGCCCCGGGGACACCCGCACAGCCGCCCGCCUGACCCCGGGCCCCCGCUGGUGCUCAGCACCGCCCGCCGCCCCCGAUGCCAGCCUCAAGCCCACGCCCGCAAGGCCAGGCCCAAGAGGAUCGUGUUCGAGGACGAGCUGCCCUCCCUGCACACCACCAUGCCCCGAGACGGCGCCCCGAAGAAACCGGCCCUUAAGCCUCCCCCGGUGCCCGACUACGAGCUGAAGUAUCCUCCUGUGAGCAGCACCAGGGCGAGGAGCCGCUAUGCUGCCGUCUUCCGUGACCAGUACCCCGAGUUCUUGGAGCUUCAACAGGAAGUGGGCCAGGCGCAGGCGAAGCUGCAGCAGCUGGAGGCCUUGCUGAGCUCACUGCCAGCGCCCCGAAGCCAGAAGGAGGCACAGGUCUCUGCCCGCCUCAGGAGGGACCUGGAAAAGAAGCGGAUGGACCCCAGCUUCCUGGACAAGCAGGCACGCUGCCGCUACCUGAAGGGGAAACUGAGGCACCUCAAGAUGCAGAUCCGGAAGUUUGACGAGCAGGACCAUAGUGAGGACUCUGUGUUCUUCUGAGCAUCCUACAGCUGGCCAACGGGCAGCAACCCCCCACCUGGAACUGUCUGCAAAGGCCUUUCAACCCUUUGGCCCCUCCUCCAGGAAGUCUUCAGCAGUUCCUCUGAAGCUCCCUCCCACCCCAGGGUUCCUCUGCCCACCAUCUCUCUCAGGUUCCACUGCAGUCAGUGGAACAAACAUUAAAUGACUAUUGAAUAUAAUGA